GGACCGUAAAUCUUAAUGGAACUUUUGAUAUGGACUUUAAGGACUGCAACCAAUAUAUCACAGAACCGUUAUACAAAGAUGGAUCUUAUUACAAUGGAUAUUUUUCAGUUCCGUUUGAAAAUAAAUAUAAAUUGAUCUUAAGUUUAUCAAAUAACACAAAAUAUGGAAAACGUGGCAAACAAUUGAUUAAUUUUCAAUUUCAAUUUAUGGAUGAAAAUGCGAAUCUAAAUACUAGUUCACGUUUUUUAUUUAGUGUUUCUGAUUCAGGUGAUGACGCAAUUCAACCUUUUGGAUUAAUGCAAAAAAAUGGCUACUUUUAUAAGGAAUAUCAAAAAAAGUUAAAUGAAGUUUUAUCCACAUUUCCUUUAGUUCAACUUUCAGAAUCGUCUAAUAAUAUUGAUGAUGAAAGUCAAGUUGAACAAUUAGAGAAAAAAAUUAACGAAUUAGAAUUAUUUUUAAGAGAUUAUGUGGUUGAAGCACAGCAAUUAGAUAAAGUUUAUAAUAAUAUUGAAAAUGCUAAAGAUAAAUAA